CUGCAGUUAAAACUUGAGUGAAAAAUCCUCUUCGGAAUUGCACGUGUCAUCAUGGAUAAAGCUGAGCUUGAAAGUUUCCUGAAAGUUCUUCCCCCAGUAGACUUCUGCUGUGUCUAUGGCUCAGCUCUUCAUCCAAACAAUCGUGACAUGUCAACCAUGGUGGAUUACGUUCUCGGUGUAUCAAAUCCUGAACAAUGGCAUUCUCAGAAUCUACAAAUGAACACAAAUCACUACUCUUCAUGGAUGGUGCACCUUGGAGGGCCAAAACUGAUUACUGAAAUUGCGGAUGAAAUUGGUGUCGGAGUACACUUUAACCCUUUUGGUUGGAAUCACAAUAUGCUCAAAUAUGGGGUUGUUCGGAUGCAUGACUUGAUUGAGGACAUACUCAAUUGGGAAAGAUUCUACUUGAGUGGUUGUUUACAGAAACCGGUUCAUGUACUUGUGGAUGACCUGGAUAUAGAAAAUGUAAACUCUGCUAAUUUAAAGGCUGCAAUGACUGCUGCCCUCCUCCUUUUGCCACCGAAAUUCACUGAGGCUUAUCUUUAUGCCAAAAUAUGUAGCCUCUCAUAUAUGGGUGACUUGCGAAUGCUUUUUGCAGAAGACAGAAAUAAGGUGAUGCUUGAUAAAGUUCAAAAUGCUCUUUUGAUGGUAACUGGUCCUAGUUUUUCAUAUACAUUUUUUGUAACUGCUUAUCGGACGCCUUUUUUAGGGGAAAAUGCAUUUUCCACCAGCUAUCUAAUUUGCAUUUUGCAACAUCCUGUCCUGGUGAAGAAGAUUGUUCAAGGGCAAUUUGAUUUAUUCCAGUCAAGGUAUAGGCCAUUUCUUGAAGUAGUGGCUAAGGAGUUGUUGAGAUUCAUGUGGUCUGGAAGUGGCCAAACAAAUGUUUCUCAGAUGAUACAUUACUUUUUUGUGAAGCGAACCAUAGUCAGAUUCAAGCGCUUCGAGCACUAUUAUUAUGUUUUGAAGUAA